AAAAAACAAAAUUCUAAUGGUGGCAGGAGGCGCUUGUGGUUACGGCAACUUGUACAGCCAAGGCUACGACACCAACACUGCAGCCCUUGCACUACUCUGUUCAACAGCGGCCUGAGCUGCGGGGCAUGCUAUGAGCUCCAGUGCAACGACGACCCGAGGUGGUGCCGGCCCGGCUCGAUCAUCGUCACCGCCACCAACUUCUGCCCACCGAACUUGGGUGUUUCCAACGACAACGGCGGGUGGUGCAACCCACCACUCCAACACUUCGACUUGGCCGAACCAGCUUUCCUCCAGAUUGCACAAUACAAGGCUGGGAUCGUGCCUGUGUCUUUCAGAAGGGUUCCAUGUGCGAAGAAAGGAGGGUUCAGGUUCACCAUCAACGGCCACUCCUACUUCAACCUGGUGCUUGUGACGAAUGUGGGCGGGGUUGGGGAUGUGAGCUUGGUGUCGAUCAAAGGGUCCAACACAGGGUGGCAAGCUAUGUCCAGGAAUUGGGGCCAAAACUGGCAGAGUAAUUCUUACUUGAACGACCAGAGCUUGUCUUUCCACGUGACCACUAGUGAUGGCCGGACCAUUACUAGCAAUGAUGUGGCUCCUAGCGGGUGGCAAUUCGGGCAGACUUUUGAGGGUGUUCAAUUCUAA